UUCUUACUAGUUUUAUAUUUUCUCUGAACUUAACCAAGAGUUAUUUUCUCUUAUCUCAGCUCCUUGGGUUAUCCUCUUCAAAGAAAAUGCUUGUGACCUGUAGAGAUUUAGAAAAGGUUAUCCCCGACUAAAACGAGUGCUUCAAUAAAGGGAAAAAUUCUGUGCAGAUCUCUUCCAUUUGACGUUGCUAAACUUAAGUACAAUAAUGUCACAUGUACUUACACAGUAAUUGUGGGCACGCCUAAGUCCCUCCCUCUUUCCUAAACCAAAUUCCCCAGAUCCUAGAAAUCCAGCCCUUCUGCCCUCCGGAGGCGCCUUUCCCAACGUAAAGUACAAUUUAAAAUUUAAGCUCCUGACUAAAUAAUGACUCUGUAGUCAACUGCUAGGGGAUCCGGGCACCCCAGUGCCUCUGGAGGGUGCAGCAGGGUGUAGGCAAGGGCAGGGGAGUGGGCGAAGCUGCUGGUUGGUGCCUGAAAUCUGUGCGUUGCCCCUUUAAUUGUGUCCCCAGCCCUCGGGCGUUUCUGUCCAACGCCCACGUCAGCAAAUACCUUUUGUUUCUCUCACGUUGGGGCUACUUGUUUUAGGGCGCAAAGGAACGGCUUCGAAAGGGGGUAUUUCCCCUGCCGAGAACCGGGAAUCUUACCCCGGCCCGCGCACGCGACCCGCCGGUGCGCCUCGGCCCGCGGACAAUCCUUCAUACACAGACUUGGAAUCUUCCCUUUUUUUACUCCAUUCAAUCAACUUAGCAGGGUUUCAAGAGCAGCAUUUAUAAAUUUCCAGAAUGGAGAUCUCCUCUCAUCAGUCUCACCUCCUGCAACAACUGAAUGAGCAGCGCAGGCAGGAUGUAUUUUGUGACUGCAGUAUUCUGGUUGAAGGAAAGGUCUUUAAAGCCCAUCGAAAUGUAUUAUUUGCUAGUAGCGGCUACUUUAAAAUGCUUCUUUCCCAGAACUCCAAGGAGACAAGUCAGCCAACCACAGCAACGUUUCAGGCUUUCUCCCCUGACACUUUUACAGUUAUCCUGGACUUUGUCUAUUCCGGCAAGCUCUCUCUCACAGGUCAGAAUGUCAUAGAAGUGAUGUCCGCUGCUAGCUUCCUUCAGAUGACUGAUGUCAUUAGUGUAUGUAAGACCUUUAUUAAAUCUUCAUUAGACAUUAGUGAAAAAGAAAAGGAUCGCUAUUUCAGCCUUUCGGAUAAAAAUGCCAGUUCUGAUGGUAUAGAACGCUCCUCUUUUUAUAGCGGUGGCUGGCAAGAUGAAAGCAGUUCUCCACAUUCUCACCUAAGCCCAGAUCAAGGAACAGGUAUAAGUGGGAAAUCUUGGAGUAAGUAUAAUUACCAUCCAGCCUCCCAAAGGAAUACUCAACAGCCUCUGGCCAAGCAUGAACAAAGGAAAGAUUCCAUUAAAAAAUCCAAACAUUUGAGGUUGUCACAACCUUCUGAAAUGGCUCAUUAUAAGUCAAGCAAACGAGAAGCACGAACAUCUGAUUCUUCCAGCCACAUCUCGCAAUCUGAAGAACAGGCACAAAUGGAUGCGGAAAUGGACUCUACUCCUGUUGGCUAUCAGUAUGGUCAAGGAUCCGAUGUCACAUCAAGAAGUUUUCCAGAUGACCUGCCCAGGAUGAGGUUCAAGUGCCCGUACUGCACACAUGUGGUGAAGCGGAAGGCAGACCUCAAGCGCCACCUUCGUUGUCACACAGGAGAAAGGCCCUAUCCCUGUCAAGCUUGUGGGAAAAGAUUUAGCCGGCUAGACCAUCUAAGUAGCCAUUUUCGAACAAUUCACCAGGCAUGCAAACUCAUCUGCAGAAAAUGCAAACGCCAUGUGACUGAUCUAACAGGUCAAGUGGUACAGGAAGGAACCAGGCGCUACAGACUCUGUAAUGAGUGCCUUGCUGAAGUUGGCAUAGACAGCCUCCCCAUUGAUUUGGAAGCUGAACAGCAUCUUAUGUCCCCAUCAGAUGGAGAUAAGGAUUCCAGAUGGCACUUGGGUGAGGAUGAGAAUAGAUCAUACGUGGAAAUUGUAGAGGAUGGGUCUGCUGAUCUGGUCAUACAACAGGUUGAUGAUAGUGAAGAAGAAGAAGAAAAGGAAAUAAAGCCCAACAUCAGGUAGCUGGGGUGUGAACCAACAGAUCUGGCAUGUCUGCAACUUACAUUGACUUCCCAUAACUCUCUCUUUCCAUGGUCAGAGUCUGGUUAACAAAUUAUCAGACUGACCUGAAAGUAAUGACCUGAUACCAUUUGCAUGCUUUCUGAACAGACCAUUGUAUCCAUUCUGAACUUUGUUGCCCUAAAAUCUGUUGCUGCACUGGAAAGAAAGAAAGACCUAGCUUGAGUUGGCAUGAUGGAUGAACAAUUAAUCCUCUUACUUUUAUUACAGAGAUACCUUUUUUUUUAAUAUUGGAAGAUCUACUUAGUGAACUUUUUCAAAGAAAAUAUUUUAAAUAAAUUCACCACAACCAAACU